AUGGGUAGUGAAUCUUCCUUGACCUGUCCCCACUGCCUGAAACAGAGCAACACCUUUGAUCCUUUCCUGUGUGUGUCACUACCUAUCCCCUUGCACCAGACGAGAUUCUUGAGCGUCACGUUGGUCUUCCCCUCGAAGAGCCAGCGGUUCCUGCGGGUUGGCCUGGCCGUGCCAAUCCUCAGCACAGUGGCAUCCCUGAGGAAGAUGGUCGCAGAGGAAGGCGGCGUCCCUGCGGAUGAGGUGAUCUUAGUUGAACUGUGUCCCAGUGGAUUCCAGCGGUCUUUCUUUGAUGAAGAGGACCUGAAUACCAUUGCAGAGGGAGAUAAUGUAUAUGCCUUCCACGCCCCUCCACCACCUGGCCAGGAGAUGCUCUCGGCUCACCCACCUGGUCUUUCCAUCUCCCCGCGCUUGGCAGCCCAUGGGGGUCAACGGUUACCCCCGCCUGUCCAGAGUGAGAACAAGGUGCUGAUCCUCCUCUGUAACUUGGCGGGGUCCGGGCAGCAGGCCAGCAGGGCUCUGCACCCCAGGAGGCCAGGAGGCCCCCCGCACGUCAAACUGGCCGUGGAGUGGGAUAGUGAUGCCAAGGGGCGCCUGUUCGGGAGCCCCCAGGAGGAGCGGGUUCAGGACGCGGAGAGCGUGUGGCGGCAGCAGGAGGCGCACCAGCAACCCAGCUGCACCCUGGACGAGUGCUUUCAGUUCUACACCAAGGAGGAGCAGCUGGCUCAGGACGAUGCGUGGAAGUGUCCACACUGCAAGGCCCUCCAGCAGGGCACGGUGAAGCUGAGUCUCUGGACCCUGCCUGACAUCCUCAUCAUCCACCUGAAAAGGUUCUGUCAGGUGGGCGAGAGGAGAAACAAGCUGUCCACGCUGGUGAAGUUUCCGCUCUCCGGCCUCAACAUGGCCCCCCACGUGGCCCAGAGAAACGCGGGCCCCAAGCCCGCGACAGGCCCCUGGCCUUCCUGGGAGCAGCCGGCCUGCCUGCCCGCCAGCUGCCCGUGGGACUUCCUGUACGACUUGUAUGCCGUCUGCAACCACCACGGCGGUCUGCAAGGUGGGCAUUACACAGCCUACUGCCGGAACUCUCUGGACGGCCAGUGGUACAGUUUUGAUGACAGCACAGUGGAACCGCUCCCGGAAGAUGAGGUCAGUACGCGAGGGGCUUACAUCCUGUUUUAUCAGAAACGGAACAGCAUCCCCCCCUGGUCAGCCAGCGGUUCCAUGAGAGGUUCCACCAGCUCCUCCUUCUCCGAUCACUGGCUCCUUCGACUCGGGAGCAGUAACAGCAGUGCGAGGGGGAGCCUGCUGUCCUGGAGCUCCAGCCCCGGCCCCUCCCGGCCCCUGGCGCCUGACCCUCCCGUCUUCACCAACGGCCUCUCCGAUCAGGAAAAGGGAGAGCUGGAGUCCAGGCGUCUGGUACGGGGCGUACGAGGCCGAAGCAUCAGCAUGAAGGAGCCUACGCCUUCCAGAGCCAAGCAGGGAGCCUUCAAGACCUUGCCCCUCCGCUGGUCUUUCAGACCCAGGGAGAAACCGCCCGGUACAUCUGUCGAGUUGGUGGAGUACUUGGAGUCCAGGCGGAGGCCCCGAUCCACCAGCCAGUCCAUCGUGCCGCUGUUGACGGGCGCUGCCUGCGAGGACGGGAAGUCCGCUGAGGGUGAAGACGGUAGGCCAGCCAGUGAGACAGUGCUGGCCCGAGCGCCCGGCCCCUCAGGCCACCCCAGUCCCUGUGCAGCCCCCGGAACCUCAGAUGGCCUGAAUACAGCCAGGAAAGCCAAGGAAAAUGCGAGUCAGGAUAUCAGGCUCCCCAGACGGUUUGACCUGCCCCUCACGGUGAUGCCCUCAGUGCCGAAUGAGAAACGAGCCCGGCCGGAGGGCCAGAAGACAGCGAACUGCAAGGGAAGUGGCCAGGCAGGAAGCCUCAGCACAGCACCCUCCCCCACAGAGGCGCUGAGCAGCACGGAGUUAUCUAGAAACAGUGCAGAGAGCCGCCAGAAUACCCGCAUCAGAAUGAGGGCUAAUGUGGACGGCAGGGACGUCCCACAGGGGACCCUCACCCUUCUGAGGUCCGUGUUUUCCAAGAAGGAGAACAAAUCUGAGAGGCCAGAGGUGGCCCCCCAGGCGUCCCCAGUGUCCCUGGUGAGCGGCAGGCUGAGCCCGGCUGUGGAUGAGCACUCUUGGGGCUCCUCUCCUUCCCCCCGGAUUCAGGAGAGCCUGGCCAGAGCCCCCAUCACCCACUUGGAAAGGGAUGUAUGGUCGGCUCCCAGCUCUCUCCGCCUCCCUCGCAAAGCCAUCAGGUCCACGAGGGCCAGUGCCCUGGGCACGUCCCAGAGGACUGUCCCAGGGGAGCACACUUCUUUGGGCACCUUGCAAAAGGUGAAGUACCACACUCUUUCCUUGAGUCGGAAGAAAACGUUACCCGAGUCCAGCUUUUGA